GGCCUGGCCGAUCUCGCGAAAGAUAUCAGUUAAAAGCCACUCUUUGAAACCGCCAAACACUGGUUGUUGCUAGUUCGUAUCUUAUCCACGUUGAUUUUUCCGGAUUUUUUUCACGUGCAUAUCACCUAAACAGUCGCCAGUUUUCCAAUGAAAGUCAUAAUGUGAAGAACCCCCUUUGCAGAUCGUCUACGCAUUGAGUUGACUUAGUUCAGGAACCCCCUAACCAUGGCUCACGACGAGGAUUUAUCGGCCCCAGUUGCUUCUAGACAAUUAAGAUAAAGUACUUUUUUAAAUCGCGAUUUACACAUAAUAUUUAUAAUGUACUUUCUUACUUUUUAAUAAAGUUUUAUGAUUAGUUUUAUUUCAAUUUGCAUAUACGUGCUAUUUGCGUGUCAUCACACAGAUACACAUGUAUAUGGAAAUUGAAAAUGCUAUUGUCGAAAUUAGUAAUGUGGCUUUCCUCUUAAAAAGUUUUGGAAGACCUGACUUAAUCCAAUCCAAUUGUAAACAGUACUAUUAAUACCAAAAAAACAAAUCAUGAACUAUACUUAUAUUAAAUUAUUUGCAGAGAGAAUGUUUCCAACGAAAGGACUUUAACAAUUCAACUCUGGUAAGUCGAAAACAAUAGUUGAUAUUCUAAAUAUAUUUUAGAAUACUCUUGAAUAUAAUUUACAUUAUUUAAUAAGAAAUAAUUUGCAGGAAGAAAAAUGCCGAUUCGGCAGCAAAAAAUGUGAACAGAAAAUCUUUCAUCAGAAAAAUAUUUAGAUGUAAGAAUAUGGAAUCAAGAGAUAAUUUCGUUUCUUCGGCCGAAAUUCCCAUUAAAGAAUUACCAUUUCUUCAAAAUACCGGAGAUACUGAAAAUGCGAUUACGGUAUUUUUUAAAGCAGACAAGAUCACGUCUCGAGGAUCGUUGGUAAUUAAUUAUGAAUUUAAAGCUGAAAAGAAUCGUUCAUUUGCUCCUGCAAUUGAAAACCAUAUUAAUUUGUGUCGAUUAUUUUUAUUGAAAGACAUCAGAAUAACCGAACUCGGUUACGAAGACUACGAAUAUUUACAUGGAGCCUUUGAUCCGGAAGGUUGGACUUUUCUAAUGCAACAUGGCGUACAAUAUGGACUCUUUCCUAUAGAUCACUACAUCUGUGUAUGGUUUUGUAUGCGACAUUACCUAAACGACAAAAAUUUAAGUUAUAACUUCAUCCUUUAUAACAACGUUCUGCAUAACAUCAACAAUAAAUUAACAUUAAUUGAGGAUCAGUCAACCUUGAAAUCUUCAUUGAGAAAAGAUUUAUCUAUUUUUCAAGAACAUUGUCUGGAUUAUUUGAGAAAUUUACACGAAAUAUUUCACUUGAAGGAUGCACAAAAUCGACUUCAGUUUCGUUCACUGUUGAGAUUAAUAAUUAAUUUUGGAGCUUUUGACAAACGUAUGGAACGGAAUGUGAUCAAAGCUAUCAAGGAGGAUUUUCGUAUGUAUUUUAGAAAAAAAUUUCAAUUGUUAGAAGACAAUCAAUUUGAUGAACUGAAAACUGAAUUAAUAGAAAAAAUCGCCUUAUAUCUUAUAAACGAUUUGGAACAAUUAGAUAUUCAAUUCCAAAAAGCUUCUAGUAAUUUUUAUACAUACACGAAAUUUGUUUACGAUGAAGUUGACGAUAAGAUGAAUGACGUAAUUGGUGUUCACGUAAAAAAAUUAUUGAAGAAAUCAAUCACGAAAAACCAAUUACGGAAAUUACAAAAGAUUUCCAACGCAUUGACAAAACUUAUAGAAUAUCUUCUAAAGAACAUCGAUGACAUCAGGUAAAAGACUUUCAGUAAUUAAAAAUUGUAGCAAUGUUGACUCUCCACAUAACGCACUUUUUAUUUUUGUCUUAUUUUGCCCCGUGGGUACUAAGUGGGGCUUUUUAAUAAUAUCAGCAUAGGUUUCACUAAACACUGAUAGCGGAUUAUAGCUUCACACCGCAGCAACGCGUAGUUACAUAGAGUUUUCUGGAUUUUCUUCAUAUAUAAGUAGAGACGAAUUUCCCAUAGAAAGUCUUUUUAGUAGGCAAUUCCCACUUGUCAGAUCGCCCUCGUGUUGCUGCAUCUAGGAAUUUUUCAUGG